GGGUAUAUUGUUUUUAAAUAUUCAAUGAAAGACGUUUGGAGAACGUCAAACUUUCUUUGCCACAGAGAGAAUGAGAGGACGGGGACAAGAAUGUACAGCAAGAACUUGCAGAACUCGGACAGAAGUGAAUUACCGGAUCUGGACACCUGAGUAGGUAAAGAAGCACAGCUGCACAAGCAAAGAAGAAACACUACUACCAUGAAUGCCCAAGACUUGUAUGACAAUGUGCUGCAGGGAAGGGAGCCCCAAGAGUGACACCACCAUUGAUGAGAAACCUGAGGACAACCUCUGGCUACAACUGGGCUUUACUGUGGACUCUGAGACAGGUGAGCAUUUACUGUCUCCUGAGAAAAACAUCAGCGGAGGAGACGUGACCCUUGACUCUGUGUCUCCUCUCAACUCUCCGUCCUUCACCCUCAAUGAGACAGUACCAGACUUCAAUCUUGACUUCAACCUUGAUGAAGCCUUGAAAUUUGUUGGACUGAACUGUUCUGAGACUGGGGAAACUGUCUGGAAGCCCUCAGAGCCUGAACCCACCUCUGACAAUAAGGAAAGCCCUGGUAAGGAGGAGGAGGACAGCUUAGACACCUUGAACGACACCCUGGACGAUAUGAUCCAGGCCUCCCAGCUUCAUCCUCAACACCUGCGCUCACUACAGUACUCGCAGAGAAUGGUGACGAUGAAUGAAAUGACCAGAAGGACAUACAGGAAUAAAACAAAUGGUACAAGAUAAUGAUCUGCUGUGGUGCAAGUGGAUGAUCAAUCAGGUGUGCUGAAAACUAGACAGGUUUAUAUUUUGUUUUCUGUCUUAAGUAUUUAGUAAUUUGAUGUUUUACUUUUCUGAACCUUAUUCUGUAGACCUUUGUUGUGGUAAACGAUUUAUUAUUAAUGUCCAUAUGUUGAAGAACACUUCUUUUCUUGAUAAUCACCUAUGAUGUGACCACAAACAAAAUUCCUUCUUUCUGAUCUGUCCACUGUAAGUCCCUUGACAUUGACACUCAACAUUCACACUUGACAUUCACACACUCAGUCUCAGGUAGUAAUUUUGCCAUACCAGCAUCAAAAGUGAAUUAAUAUUGAUCACUAGAUAGAUAACACACACAAUAGCAGUAGCGGAGCAUAGUGUGAUGAGGAUGUCAAGGAACGGCGUGGCAUUAACCAGUGACUUACAGUGGCACAGAAACACAACCUCCUUGGCGGUGCGGGAUGUGGAGUGAUCGAGUCAGACAGACGGGAGUGGUGUGCUGUCAUCGUUCAGUCUGCAGUCAGGUCAUUACGGCGUGAGGUGAGGUGUGGGAGAGUGGUGGGGAGAGGAGAGGAGAGGGAAGGAGGAGGGUUGCGGAUUUCAGUCAAGUAAUGUCUUGGUGUUGUUUUGAACAUUUCCUGCAUGACAAGGUGAGCUUAGCGGGCCGUGACGCACUGGGUUCCUUACUGACUGCUGCUCAUCCAACGCCGCCACCACCACCACCACCACCACUAUAUCCAGACCAUCUCCACCUCUAUCACCACCUCCAUUACCUUCCCUUACCUCCACUUCUGUUUCUUCCAUUAUUUUUCUAGAGACUAUUAGUACACAAUCUUAGUAGAACACACAGUUUCAUGUUUUUAUUUUAUUCUAUUUUUGGCAUGAAAUGUCAUGUUAAUUUAACAAAAUGAUGUAUUAUUAUUAUUAUUAUUAUUAUUAUUAUUAUUAUUAUUAUUAUUAUUAUUGUUAUUAUUAUUAUUAUUGUCGUUAUUAUUAUUAUCAUCAUCAUCAUCAUCCUUCUUCUUCUUCUUCUUCUUUUUCUUCUUCUUCUUCUUCUUCUUCUUAUUAUUAUUAUUAUUAUUAUUAUCAUUGCAGUUUUUAUAUAGCAAAUACCGAAAAAUCGCACGUUACUUUAACUUACAAAAAUACAAACAAAUUAUUCUAAACCAAAUCUUGUACUUGUUAAUCUACUAACUUUCAUAUCAAUAAAUCCUUCACUCACUAUCUCUCUCUGCCUGACUGACAAUACCUGACUGAAUGACCAAUAGAUAAAAUACCAAACACUACCACCACGCGUAUUUUGCUAUGAUAACUACACAUCAUCUCGUACUUGCCAGUCUACUUUCACGUCAAUAAGUUCCUCACACUCAUCUCUCCCUACCUGACUAACAACACCUGACUGUUUGACCAAUAGAUGAAAUACCAAAUCAUCAAUAAAAUCUCUCUGUUUCCCUGCCAGACUGAGUAUACACGGGCGACUAACCAAUAGAUAAAAUACUACACACUACUACAAAUACUACUACACUGGCGACUAACCAAUAGAUAAAAUACUACCACUUUUAUUCUGCAAAGAUAACCUUGCUGGUCAAAGCAGUUUAGCGAUGUUUUUUUUACUUUUCCAACCUACAAAACUCCCCGGGUGUGUAUUCUGCUGUCAGUCACCUCGCCGUGUUUGCUUCCUCAGGGUACUGCUCGGGCUGCAUCCCACUCGACGAAUCAAAAUAUUUUACAGGUAGUGCAAACGGUGGUAUAUGUAGUGGGGAGUAGUGGUAGUGAUGGUCAGUAGUAGAAAUAUGAAUAGUGGGGCUUGUGUUAGUGAAAAAAAAAAGUUGUAACUUUUUUUUUUGUAGAAGAGAUAGAGAGAGAGAGAGCGCUGUCUGGUAGCAUUGUUGUUUAUCAUGGAGCCUCCUGUUGUGUUUACCGAGUGGCUGCCGCGUGGUGAAGUAUUGGUGCUAAAUACACAUGAGGCUGAGAGUGCGUGUUUUUGUUUUCACAAGUUUAGUGUGUGUGUGUGUGUGUGUGAUUCACCUACAGUCGUCUGCUGGUCACCGAGCCAGCUGUUACCCUAUGGAAAGAGCUCAGAGAUCAUAGUGACCGAUCUUUGGGUAGGACUGAGACCACUUACACACCACACACCGGGACAGCAAGGUCACAACCCUUCGGGUUACAUCUCGUAUCUACUUGCUGCUAGGUGAACAGGGCCUACACAUUAAGAGGCUCGCCCAUUUGCCUCGUGUCUGUGUGUGUGUGUGUGUUACAGUGCUUGUGUUUGCUCACACAAGGCGGUUUUCUUAUCAGAUUUUUUUUAUCUUUGUAAUGUUGAACAAUCUUGAUGCUUUUUAGUAGUUCUUGUAUCAUUCGUGCAGGACUUCUUGUGCUGCUGGUGGAUUGAAUUGGCAGUGUUCAGGAAACAAAACACAUACAUUUACGGCAGAUUACCCAGGGAGUGUAUUUCACUGCAAAGUAACAUUACGGAAUAUGAUAGACGGUUUCCUCUACAAGCAAAGUAAGAGAGAAUAGCGAGUGAUAUAUAGACAGAAAGCCACAGCUGUCAUGGACGAUAAUGACUUAGAAAUUGAGGAUGGGAAGGGAGACGAAAAAGAUAAUGAUGACAAAUGAGAAGUUGGCUGGCGGCAAGGUUACACUAGUUUGGUUCUUAUGCCUUCAAAACGAGACGGCCAACAUUUCAGACACCUGUCCGUGAAAAUAUAGUCUUCGUAAUUAAAAAUAGUCCAGCAAGAUAUUUUUAGCAUCUAUAUUUCAUGGGCUUGAAGUUGGUGGUAGCGAAACAAGAGUUUGUUUUUUUAUGCCUUCAAAACGAGAGGUACAACGUUUUAGGAAAUAGCGUGUGACAGAAUAAAAUCUUCCCUAUUGAAAUUGGUACCAUAAAAUACUUUUAGCAUCUAUAUUUCUUGAUUAUGAAGGUGAUGGUAACUUACCGUAGCAAAAUAAAUUAACACAUU